AUGGCUCCCAAACGCCCCAACUUCCUCGUCGUCGUCGCCGAUGACCUGGGCUUCUCGGAUAUAGGCUGCUUUGGCGGCGAGAUCCGCACGCCGAAUCUCGAUCGCAUUGCGAAGCAGGGUGUGCGGUUUACGGACUUCCACGCUGCGGCUGCGUGCUCUCCCACCCGUGCCAUGAUCAUGACUGGCACUGACCACCACAUCGCUGGCCUGGGCAACCUCAUUGAAUGGACCAACAUCUCCGGUCAGAACGGUCCCAAAGGCUCCGCGAUGAGCACCGCGCCCCAGCGCGGUAUGCCAGGUUACGAGGGGUAUCUCAACGAGCGCGUGGUGGCCCUCCCCGAGGUCCUCCGCGACGCAGGCUACCACACCCUCAUGUCAGGAAAAUGGCAUCUGGGUCUGACACCUGAGCGUUCGCCCUUUCAUCGCGGUUUCGAUCGUUCUCUAGCCCAUCUCCCCGCUUGCUCAAACCACUACGCCUAUGAGCCCCAGCUACAGGGCACCGACGAGACACCUACUUUCCUGGAAGCUAGCUAUAUAGCCCUGCACAUGGAAGACGACAAGUAUAUGCUCCAGUACCUCCGUGAAUGGCACGACCGCUCCGAUGAGCGUCCCUUCUUCGCCUAUCUGCCCUUCACAGCUCCACACUGGCCCCUGCAAGCCCCUCGCGAGUAUAUCGACCACUACCGCGGUGUCUACGACGACGGUCCAGAGGCACUUCGUCAGAAACGUCUCCAGCGCCUCAAAGAGCUAGGCAUGAUCCGCUCAGACGUAGAAGCCCACCCCGUCGUGGCAGACGAAGUCAAACCCUGGUCCGAGUUCACGCCAGAGGAACAGAAGCUCUCCUGCACCGCCAUGGAAGUCUUCGCCGGAAUGGUGGAGUGCAUCGAUGCGAACGUGGGCAAGGUAGUCGACUACCUCUCUUCCAUCGACGAGCUGGAGAACACCUUUGUCUGCUUCAUGUCCGACAACGGUGCCGAGGGCGCUGCCUACGAAGCCUACCCCAUGGUCCAGAGCGGUGUCAUGCCCCAUCUCCAGAAAUACUAUGAUAACUCACUUGAGAACCUUGGCAACGGUAACUCGUUCAUCUGGUAUGGACCCCGCUGGGCCCAGGCCGCUACUGCGCCGAGCCGAUUGUACAAGGCGUUUACCACCGAGGGAGGUGUGCGAGUGCCCUUCUUAGCUCGGUUCCCGUCGUCUGUUUCCGUGGGGGAUCAUGUGCGUAACGGAAGCAUCACGGAUCAGUUUGCAACAGUUAUGGAUCUUGCUCCUUCUAUCUUGCAGAUGGCGGGCGCGACGCACCCGGCGCCGUCGUAUAAGGGUCGUGAGGUUGUCUCCAUGCGUGGUCGCAGCUUUUACCCCUGGGCGAGUGGUGACGCGCCCCGGAUUCAUGAGCAGGAGUUUAUCCAGGGUUGGGAAACCUGUGGGAGAGCGGCACUGCGCUUCGGGGACUGGAAGAUUGUCUAUAUCCCGAAGCCGAAGGGCCCCGAACGGUGGCAGUUGUACAAUCUCGCCGACGAUCCGGGGGAGAUCCAUGAUCUGGCGGACCAAUAUCCCGAUCGGUUGAAGCAGUUGCUAAAGUUAUGGGAUCAAUAUGUCAUUGAGACGGGAGUGAUUCCGUUGAAUCCAGAUCUGGGAGAUUUUCUGGAGGCAACGGAGGCACAGAUGCCAGAGAAUGCGUGGAUGGAGUAUGAUUAUUGGAAAAAAGGGGCGAGGGAUGAGCCUGAGAAGUUCAUGAGAAACCCCCCUAGGUUCCAGAGAGUUGUUAAGCAGUUUUAG